ACCAGGACGUCUGCAGCAGCUGUCCUCUGGCAUGUCAGGGGGAGCGUCACAGUCGUGAUACACGGGUCAGAAGCGAGCUGAGGCGGCUGCGUGCAGUUUGAUCCAGGAAGGUUUAUCCUCACUGUGUCCAACCCGUCCAGGACCCGCGGCCCCACCAUGGCGGAUCAGUACCAGUACAACACCAAUGAGGAGAAGAUUGUGAAGGACAGCCACACAAAAGAGAUUGAUCUAAUUAACAGAGACCCCAAGCAGAUCAAUGAGGACGUGGUGAAGGUGGAGUUUGAGGAUGUCAUUGCAGAGCCUGAUGGUACACACAGCCUGGAUGGAGUGUGGAAGCUCAGCUACACCACCUUCACUGUGUCCAAGUACUGGUGCUACCGCAUCCUGUCUGCUGUCUUCGGCAUCCCCGUGGCUCUGCUCUGGGGUUUCCUGUUCGCCUGCAUCUCCUUCUGCCACAUCUGGGCCGUGGUUCCCUGCAUCAAGAGCUGUCUGAUUGAGUCGCAGUGCAUCAGCCGCAUCUACUCUCUCUGCAUCCAGACCUUCUGUGAUCCAUUCUUUGAAGCCCUGGGCAAAGUUUUCAGCAGCGUGCGCGUAGCACUGCGCAAAGAAGUCUAAGAACUCAGGAAGUAGUGUUUAUAGUGUGAUCAGAUGAAGUGUGGUAUCUUUUUAUACACCAGAAGAUCAGUCCUGGAAUCUUGCUUGCUCCCUGAUACUCCUCCUCCUCCUCCUCUCCUCCUCCUCCUCCUCCUCCUAUCCUGUCCCCACCCUCCCAACCUCAGACUGAGAUCUGAGUCCUGACAUGCCCAGUGUGCCUUUUGCCACCAGAAGUUCUGUGACAGCUGCAGCAGGCAGUUUGGUUCUGUGACAGCUCUGGCACUCCUGGAAGGCUCAGUGCUCCUCGCUGAGGGAGUGGAGGGCUGCCUGCCAUGGGGAGGACUCAACUGUCCUCAUUUAUUUGUACCACAAAAAAAGCUCAGACAAUGGCUAUUUGUUAACAGCAAAGGAAAUCAACUCCCCUGCUGCACCUGUGGACGAUGCUGCCUCUGUGAAUUACAUUUGGCUAUUCUAAGAAGUUACACUGAUGCUGUAUGUGGCCACGUCGAGUAUUGUUGAACUUUGCAUUGAUGGAAUCGAUAUAAUUAUUUGAAUUAAUCUUAUUAUAAAAUUCUAACAGAAUGAAAAGAAUUGAAAGCAUUUUUGCAAAUUAAUUAUUUUGUCCAGUAUGGUCUAAUUUCUUUAUUUCCCCUUUUAAUUUGUGAUGAUGCUACAAAAACUAACAGACUUUUGGAAGACUUGCAGAUGUUUGAAACCAGUAAUGCAGAUAAUCUACUUCUUUUAUCAAAGUGUGACGAGUGGAAUAAUGCACAUAUUUGUUUGCAUGUUUCAGUAAGGUGUGUGUAAGCAAGUAUGGACCAACUUACUGAUGGAGUAAAGCAAAAGUUCUCUGUGAAAUCGGUUAUAUGUCAUUUUUCACAGUGAAUUUGGAUUGAAAAGUAUAAUACCUUUGCUGCUAUUCAGUAAAAAAAAAAGCAAAAUAAUAUAUAGGAUGAAAUUAAGACAUUUUAAAAUGUAAGAGAGAGUUUCUUGUUGAGUAUAAUGCCCCACUGGUACAGCGUUUGAUUUACAGUAUAUUAUGGGGGUUGUUUAAACUCAUUCUGAGAGACUUCAGAUAUCAUUUACACCAAACACCUACUUCAGUGUUUUUAAAACCUCCAUUCAUCCUGGAAGCAGUGGCCUGUGAACUGUGACCCACUAGAGGUUGCUGUUGUGUGUCUUCCAUGUGUCUGAGGUCUAUUCUGGAUGAUUCACUGUCGCCACACCUUCCUUUGUUUCCAAUACGCUCAGGCUGAUGUUUUUCUAAUCCUGUGUUCAACUACAAACUCUAGAAACACACAGAGUCUAUAUGUUCAGAAACAGCACACUGAUUAAUGAGCUGUAUUAAACCGUGUAAUUAAUGAGCACAUGUGAUUUAUUUGCUUGAUUAUGUUGUCAAUUAAAAAAACAACAACAAAAAAAAA